CAUCCAGCCAGCCAGCCAGUCAUUCAACAAAUGAAGCGAUGGGCAAUUAAGGCGAACAACCGAAAGACCUCGGCAAGAUUAAUAUUUCUCGACGAGAGACAAGGCCUCCCCUUUCUUGUUUUCUUCCCCCAAAAGAUCGAUGUCCGGCCCAUCUCAACCCCUCCCGCCUCCUGUUGAUCGCUUUAUCCUGGUUGCUAAAGAUGGAUUAAUAUUUCCCCGAGGGUUCCCCCUAUGGACGUUCGAAUGGCUGCGCUGCCGGGUAUGUGUUCAAGAUCUCUCAGUCCAUUCUUUACUCCCCGCUGCACGUACGUGCCGCCGCCGGCGUACCCUCCAGGGCCGCGCGGCUUCCCUCAGACCUGCCGCCACGGCCGCAGCACCGUCUGCACGGCCUCGCUUCACCAGGUACAUAGAAUGUUGCAUUGUGUGGGCGUUUGUGCUGACAGGACGUGUACGUGGGCCUCCCAUCAUCGGCAAUGCGGCGGUAGGAGAGCUCACGGAGAGGACUAUAAGAGUGGGCACACGUGGCUGUGUGCGUGUGUGGCGUGACGUGUACAGUCGACCACCCUGGCCUCCGGCGGACAGGCGAGGUGAACAGAUGCACACGAGCGAAGGGAGUCAAACCUCACGUGUACUGUUGUCCGAUGAAUUUAUUCAUGCAGCAGCCGGCCGCUCAGCCCGCGCCACACACACCACAGCCACAGCCACAGACACAAGGUCAGCUCAGCUGCAAAGAAAGAGAUAGUUCGGAUGUAUGUCGAUAUGAUAUGCAGUCAGUGUGCUUUUCGUGUUUGCAGACCGCGGCAGGCCGACGCCGGGGUGCGAACGAAGGAGACCUGGCAGCACAUGGAUCGGUAAGAAGCAGCAUUCCCCCCCUCAUUUAUCCCGUCGGCCUUGGUGAAGCAUCAGGUCAUGGACAUCACCGACCUGAUUCGGUUUACCGGCUCCUCCGGGCUCUGCGUGGUGGAGAGAAUCAUCCACGAGUGCAUCAAGAACGACAAUGAGACCAAGGUGCUGAGUGUCAAGUGCCACCAGCCGGGUAAGCACGACAGACGACAUUUGAAGGCUGCCAGGUGCAUGAUCCACCGACACCCAUUCUCUCCUCCUGUGUCGUGUGCAGGGCGGUCCGGCAACCUGGUGGCGCUCUGGGAGAUCAUGACCAGCACUAAUGCGGACUGGACGCCAUCGCUGGCCUUCCCCCGACUCUUGCCAAGGCUGCAGAUAAAAUGGGUCGGACAUGAGAGGGGUGCAGGGAGGAAUGACGGUUGCGUGGAUGUUUUGUGUGUGUGUGUGUGUGUGUGUACGCAUGUCUAUGGGCAGUCAUGGCCCCCCUUAAAAUGACCGACACACCUGCACACCUUUCGUCUCGUGUCGCUUCAUAUGCUCUUAUUCUUUCAGGCUGCAGGAGCGCCUGGAGACGGCGGAGGAGAUGGCGUUGCAGGCGGCAGCGGCACGGCAGGAGGAGAGAAGAGGCCGAGCGCUGCAUCAUCUGCUGCCAGGGCGACGGAGACCCAGAUUCACCCCUGCGUGAGGCCACAAACUAACAAACGUGUAACAGACAAACCAAUACCGGCUUCGUGAUGUCCGUGUGUGCAGGGCCACUUUGGCCUCUGCAGCCCCUGCUACCUGCGGCUGCUGGACCACGCAACGGAGACCCAGCAGCCGCCGAAAUGCCCCAUCUGCCGCAGCCGCAUUGCAUUCCGCACUGUCGGGAGCCUGCCUUGCUCCCCGAUAUCAUGUGCUGGCGUGUAUGUGGGUUGUGUCAUGGAUGUUGUGUGAGUCUUGCAGGGCACGCACACGCCCACUGCCACACCAGCAACAUCUUCAAGCGAAUGUUCCGGCCGCACGUCGACUGAGGCGUCGGAUGCGGACGAGGACGCCAUCAACCACAUCGCCCACAUUGGGUACGACCCCCAGUACGAGUCGUGACCCCCAUCGCCAAGGGAAUUCUCAAGGGAGACUUCAAAGAGUCAGUGAGGAGGGACGAUCGAGCAUGGGCACACACACACACACCUACCUACACCUGUAGUGUCCGUGAUGUGCAGGUGACGAGAUAUCGGUUGCGGUCAAGAACGACCCAAUCGGCCUCUCUCUCUGUAGCCGGCCAGCUGUUUUAAGUGUGUGUGUGUGUGUGUUGGUUGAUACCUGGGCUACCGCAUCGACACACACACACACACACACACACGGGC